CCCUUAUUUUGAAAAUGUGUUCGCCACCCGGAAGUACAUGCGAUUCUGUACUUGCACUGUUCAGACGGCAACGUUCACCUGCAUUAAUGUCUACUUUGGCUGGAGUGAUGUCAAAGUUUCGGCUGGCCGUGGUGCAGCUGCACGUGACCAAAGUCAAGGCAGACAACCUGUCCCGUGCCCGGAGGCUCAUAAAGGAGGCAGCGGGACAAGGGAGCAAAGUGGUGGUCCUGCCGGAGUGCUUCAACUCUCCCUAUGGAACCAGCUUCUUCCCUGAGUAUGCAGAGAGGAUCCCAGGGGAAUCCACCCAGCUGCUGUCCGAGGCAGCGAAGGAGAAUAAUGUGUACCUCGUGGGAGGAUCCAUCCCUGAAGAGGACGGCGGCAAGUUGUAUAACAGCUGUCCCGUGUUUGGCCCCGAUGGACAGCUGAUGCUUAAACACAGGAAGAUUCACCUUUUUGACAUCGAUGUUCCAGGGAAAAUCCGCUUCCAGGAGUCGGAGACGCUGAGCCCAGGGAGCAGCCUGUCAGUGUUUGAAACACCUUUCUGUAAGAUCGGCGUCGGGAUCUGCUACGACAUGAGGUUUGCCGAGCUCGCACAGCUCUACAGCAGAAAAGGCUGUCAGCUGUUGGUUUACCCCGGGGCCUUCAACAUGACGACGGGCCCGGCCCACUGGGAGCUGCUGCAGAGAGGAAGGGCCCUCGACAACCAGGUGUACGUGGCCACGGCAUCACCUGCACGAGAUGAAACGGCCUCCUACGUCGCCUGGGGCCACAGCACCAUCGUAAACCCGUGGGGAGAAGUUAUUGCCAAAGCCGGAUCAGAGGAGGCUGUUGUUUAUGCUGAUAUUGACCUGCAGUAUUUAUCUGACGUCCGGCAGCAGAUCCCGAUCACAGCCCAGCGUCGACACGACCUCUACUCGGUGAAAGCUGAGCAGGAGAGCUGAGGUGAACCCCUGCGGCCUCGAGACACUGAGACGUGCAAAGACAAACUAUGCAACAAGAUCUCAGCUGCAGCAAGCACAAAGCCCAAGAGUUGUAACCGUGGAAACGAGAUGCAGUCGGAAUCCUCACUAAUUGACUGUGAUUUGAGCGUCCUGACGGCGCACACUUUGUAAGGAUCAAACUGUUGUCAUCAAGUUGAUCUGAGUGGAAAUGUGUUAUAUGGAAUUUAUUUUUGUAAAGUGUUAACCAUAAUAAAAACAUUAAAAGAAAAAAAAAAACAACUAUUUUAGUGGAAUCACAUUCACCUUGGAAAAGACGUAAUAAUUGUUUUUUGUUAUUUUGUCUUUCAUUAAUUUUGCUGAAUCUUGACUCAUGAAAAACUCAUUAUUGGUUGUGGCUUCAUAAUUUUCUUUAAGAUAUAAAAUAUAAUUUGGAUUCUUAUUGUGACAUUUUCUGUCAUGAUUUAAAAAAAAAAAAAAAAAAAAAAAAAAAAAAAUCCCAGCAAUAUUGCCAAGCAGACAUCCCUCACAAAAAGAGAGAAAUGAAAUCCCCAGGAAUGGGGCUCUGUGUCUUUAUUAGUGCUUAAGACAGAACAACUCCACCCUGUCAGAGGAACGGAAAG